GGGUAAUGUUGCGUCAAACGGAAGAGGCCACUAGGAGCAACACGUACUACCUGUCAUUGCGCAUUAGCCGAUCGCGUAGCAAGUUACAGAACCUGCAAUGGCUGACGCUGAUAAGAGCCUCGCGCUGCUGGAUGUGGACAAGUUCGCGCGCUAUAGCAGCAGCACGUUCCGCGCCGACAAGUUCUACAAGACCAUCGGCUAUGGACUCGGUGCAAUGGGCCACUUGAUGGCACACGCGACGCAGCAGGAGACGGAGACGUCGAAAGGCUUCAAAGCCAUCGCCUCGAACAUUUCUAUGGCUCGUUAUGUCAUUCGCUUCACAGGCGGUUUGGAGUCGUACGCAGCUUGGAAAAACGGCUCCUGGUGCUACGGAGACGACAGCGACCACGUCAAGCGCAUCGUGAGUCUACAGGCGCUGUCUAUGCUCGUCUACUACCCACUGGAGCACACCUCCUACGUCGGCUUUGUUGCUCCGAAGUUGUUGAACGUUGACGCCAUGCAGAUCUCACGCCUGUCGUGUCGGGCGUGGGGUGUCUACAUUCUGCUGGAUGUGUAUGCCAACGCUCUCCGAAUUCGUGCGCUGACAGCCAAGGAGAAGCAGAUCAAGGAGCAGAAGGAUCUGUCGGGCGAGGAGGUGAUUGCAGCGUUUACUGUUUAUGGUUUGGACUGGAAUUGAUAUUCUCUUUGUGUUUUGUCUUACCUCCAGCGCACGACUCAGCUUGCCACCAUCCAAGCUCGUCGCCGUGAGCUCUACUUCGUGCAGUUACGUAACUUCUUCUACGCCGGACCCUGCAUCCACUGGUGUCUCGAGAAGGGCUUCCUCCCUGACUAUGUUGUGAGCCUCUCUUGCGCGGCCGAAGCUGCUGUUGGGCUGUGGCGCUCGUGGGUCAACACGCAGUAAGUAUGCCACGUACGAAGUCCUACCAUUCCAGCGCAUAGCGCCACCAAGACGGAGCUAAAGAGAAAACUCAAUCUAUAAUACAUGAAGUGUCAUUUUGAAUGCAUUUAUUGCAUACCACACGGAUU